AGUAACAUAUACACCCUAGGGCUUGUUGUAAUCCUUAUUUUGUUGUUGCACCACACCCUCGUGCAACCACUUUAAUUCUAUCUUGGCUCCAUGCGUUGUUUAGACCAAUACUCUAAGAAAAACAAACAUUCUCUCCGCUUAUAUGGAUGAUACUAUCUGCAAUCAAGAGAUUCUUGGAAUCCUUCCUGUAGGAUUCAACCCCCUCCUGUCCUGUGAGGAUGUCCUGUCAGUGUGACGGUGGAGCAACCAGGCGCGUGAGAGGGAGAGGGAAGAGCUUAUUUUGCCCCACAGCUCAAUGUAUGGCUAGAUCCCACAAAGCGAUCCAGUUGAACAAAGUCUCCGGUGAUAUUUCUCCAGGACUGCUUUUACACUGAGAGCCUCAUCUUCAGUAACCCAAUAGCAAGACUAUGACGUACGAUCUACACAACUCGUCGUAUGAUUUCUACAAUGGCACGCCGUGGUUUGUCUACGACUGCACCAUCCACCUAGACGAGGAUGGUCGACGGAUCGCUCUUUUCCUCCUUUACCUAGUGCUCUUCAUGGUAGGGUUGGCCGAAAACACCCUGGUGGUGUGGGUGAACUGGCGAAGGCGGCAUUCGGCGAACGGCGUGCUGUUUUGCGUCAUCAACGUGAGUUUGUCCGACUUGAUGGUGAUCUUUACCAUGCCCUUCUUCAUGCUGGAGGUGACCAUGGACAAGGUUUGGCUCUGGGGCAGAUUCCUUUGCAAAGUCACACACCUUGUAUACGUCAUAAACUUCUACAGUAGCUCAUUCUUCCUGGCCUUCAUGACCUUGGAGCGAUACCUGUCUUUGAAGCGGCCCAACCAGCCGGCCUGCUUCCCUACGCAGCACAAACGACGCUGGAUACUCUGCGCCGGCAUCUGGCUCCUGUCGCUCGUUCUAGCCUUGCUGGAAAACGUCCACGUCGACUUGCUGGAGUGGGACGAACCAGGCUGCUACAUGGUUCCUGAGCAGUACUACACGGAGUGGUUCGUAUCGGUUUCCUUCCUCUGUCUGAUAUUCCAAUUUCUUGGUCCAGCAUCGGUCAUCAUCACCUGCAACGUCCUAAUCGCUCGAGCCGUCCGCACAACCCCGGACAUCCAGAAUCGGCGAGAUGUGUGGUUGGUGCAUGUGUACUCACUGGUAUUUGUGGCCUGCUGGCUACCGUACCAUUUGGUGUUGUUCUUGUUGACAGUGGACGACCUGGACCCUCACCUGUUCUCCUGCAACACAGUCGGGGUGCUGUACUUCUCAUUUAGCCUUGUGCAAUGCCUGUCGCUCUUUCACUGCAUCGCCAACCCAAUCCUCUACAACUUCCUCAGUAAGAGCUUCCGCAACAAUCUAAUAAACGCAGUGAUCAGCCGCAUCUCUUUAUCGCCAACUAGUGCACCAAGUAAUGCUGUAACCGAGAAGGCAGGGACAGCGGCGGUAAAAGAGCGGAAGCUCAGUAACGCCAGCACGAGUCAUUCCGACAUUGACGCGUGAAGAAGCUAACCCCUAAAUGACGAUUUGGUGAAACAGCACGUGAAUGCGCUACGAAAGAAGUUGCUUUGUUGAGGCAGUUUUUGUUGGCCGGUUUGGCCACUUGCCUGGUUACUAGCCCUAUUGUCUCCUGUUUUUCUCACCCUAGUAUUGUUAACAGUGCAAGGAAGGAAAUAUUGUCAACCUUUCGUAAUCUUUACUUCCACCGGUUCCUAUUGUCACAUCUAGGAACUCUGUCCACAUGCCAGCGUUUGAUCGUUUUGCUCAACGAAAACUUUCACUUAGCUCUCCAUAUCCUCAAUCACAACACCUAGAGCUGUUUUAAUGGCCUUCGAGCUCAGCAGCUUGCUUGUACAUAUUGUCAUUGAUGUUAUGUCAUGAAAAAAAUUAUAAAAAUUUGUUUUAAAGAAGUCUUUUAAACAUGUUUGUGCAUAAGGGGCAAAAUUGUGUAUGCCAUUUCUUUUGAAAAUGUGCUACUCUGAUGUCUAAAAAGUAUUUUCCACUGUAGAAUUGUUUGUUGAAUAUAAAUACACUGUAAAUGGUGGGGGAUUGUCCGAAUUUUGUGAACAUGGCUAGAAUUUCACUGUUAAAAAGACAAGACUCUGGCAAGUUUUGUAAGUAUUGUUUUUACUCAGAACACAAGUACAGUUGUUGUAAAAGAGAACAUAGUGACAUUGAACAUGAAUAAAUCAUAUAAAUAACA